GCGGCUCCGCUGCGCCCCAACCCCAAAUCCAGAGGCAGCCCACUCUGUGGAUGCGACAAAACUUUCAGGGGCGAAAGGUGUGAAAACUGCAAAUGUCUUCAAAUGAUGGAAGGACCAGGAUUCAGGACAGGGGCUACAGUGAGGUUCCAGGGGACAUGCCUGGUCCAGGUGGUACCCUAAGAACUCUCCAGUCCCUUCACGACAGUGAGCUGGCUGUGAGCGCAGAUCCUCUGCCGCCGCCUCCUCUCCCAUUACAGCCACCAUUCGGCCCCAGCUUCUACUCAAGUGACACAGAGGAACCAGCCAUAGCACCAGACCUCAAGCCGGUGAGGCGCUUUGUCCCCGACUCCUGGAAGAACUUCUUCAGAGGGAAGAAAAAGGACCCAGAAUGGGAUAAGCCGGUAUCUGAUAUCAGAUACAUCUCAGAUGGUGUGGAGUGUUCACCUCUGGCCUCUCCGGCCAGACCAAACCACCUCCCAUCCAGCUCUUACAAAGAUCCUUCCGGAGGGUCAGAAGGCACCUUUAAUUCCCUGCAAGAGGCCGAUGCCAUGUUUCCCCAGGACCCCUAUGCAUCCCUAGACCGGCGCACACAGACGGCGCGGACCUACAGCGAGAAGGUGGAGGAGUACAACCUGCGCUACGCCUACAUGAAGUCGUGGGCAGGCCUGCUGAGAAUUCUGGGUGUGGCUGAACUGCUUCUGGGGGCCGGCGUCUUUGCGUGCGUCACCGCUUACAUCCACAAGGACAACGAGUGGUACAACUUGUUCGGAUAUGCACAGCCCUACGGCACGGCUAGUCUUGGCAGCCUGGGCAGCACUUAUGGGGGGUAUUAUUACAGUGGCCCCAAGACCCCUUUUGUACUCGUGGUGGCUGGCUUGGCUUGGGUUGCCACUAUUAUUAUUCUGGUGCUUGGCAUGUCCAUGUAUUACCGCACCAUUCUUUUGGACUCAAACUGGUGGCCCCUGACUGAAUUUGGAGUUAACGUGGCCUUGUUUAUCCUGUACAUGGCCGCAGCCAUUGUCUAUGUGAAUGACACCAACCGAGGUGGACUCUGCUACUAUCCGUUAUUCAAUACGCCCAUAAACGCAGUCUUCUGCCGGGUAGAAGGAGGUCAGAUAGCGGCAAUGAUCUUCUUGUUUGUCACCAUGAUAGUUUAUCUCAUCGGUGCCCUGGUCUGCCUAAAACUGUGGAGGCACGAGACAGCUCGGCGGCACAGGGAGUACAUGGCGCGGCAGGAGAUAAAUGAGCCAUCGCUGUCAUCAAAAAGGAGAAUGUUCGACGUGGCCGCCAGCGACAGACAGAGAGACCAAGAAGUUAAUUUCAAAGAGUCGAGAACAACGAAAUUGACCCCUGAACUCCUGAGUGGGCACAUCCCUCCGGGCUACAUUCCCAAGCCCAUCGUGAUGCCUGACUACGUGGCAAAAUACCCUGUGAUUCGGACAGACGACGAUCGAGAACGCUAUAAAGCUGUGUUCCAAGACCAGUUCUCGGAGUACAAAGAGCUGUCUGCGGAAGUGCAGGCCAUCCUGAGGAAGUUUGAUGAGCUGGACGCAGUGAUGAGCAGGCUGCCGCGUCAUUCUGAAAACCUCCAGGAACAUGAGAGAAUUUCAAGAAUCCAUGAAGAGUUUAGGAAAAAAAAGAACGACCCUUCAUUUCUGGAAAAGAAGGAGCGUUGUGAUUACCUCAAGAACAAACUUUCUCACAUAAAGCAAAGAAUUCAAGAAUAUGAUAAAGUAAUGAACUGGGAUACGCAAGGUUAUUCUUAGCCCACUUGAAACUGUUUUUAUACCCAACUGUUUGUUCCCUGCUUUUCUAUGCUGGCCUCAUGGGUGAGAAAGCAGGCGCUUCCAGCUCAGCUUCUGCUUGGUUUAACAUCCGAGGUUAAACAGCAUGAUUUUACUCAAACAUUUCAAAACAAUUUCAGACCUACCGAGAGAGCCCUUACUGAGAAUGGAGAGACUGUGUAUUCACCUGUGUGUACUGUCACGUCUUUCUCAUUAAAAUGUGUUGUUGUUUUCGAUACCAUGA